AUGGGUCGUGGUCCCACAAUCCAAGGCAAGAAGAACGCCACCGAUGCGAAGCGCACAGCCACUAACGCCAAAUUAGCGCGGGAGAUUAUGGUCAUUUCCAACUUGGUGGGAGGCGAUGCGAACAACGUGCGUCUUGUGGCAGCAGUGAACAAGGCCAAGGCGGCGAAUAUGCCCAAGGACAAGAUCGAGGCGGCGAUCAAGCGUGGCGUCGAAGGCAAAGACGGAAGCAAUGCGGAGACUGUACUGUACGAAGCCACGGGUCCAGCUGGAAGCGCACUGAUGAUUGAGACGCUAACGGACAACAAGCGCCGAACAGCUCCCGCGCUGCGUCACAUUCUGGGCAAAAACAGCGGCGCUCUGGGCACAAACGGUUCAGUCGCCUGGAUGUUCGAACGCAAGGGCUACCUCGAGAUCGAACUCCCAUCGGGCGAUGGAGACAAGCCCGAGAUGGACGAAGACACGCUCAUGGAGAUCGCGCUCGAGGCUGGUGCUGACGAUGUGGAGAUGCGUGAGGGUCUGGCACAAGUUACGUGUGAUCCCAGUGAGCUGGCUGCCGUACGCAAAGGCUUUACUGAGGCUGGACUGGAGCCAGCGAUCUCCGAGCUUAUCUACAACCCGAAGGAGUUCCUAGAUUUAGAGGGAGAGCAGCGUGAUACCUUCGACAAACUCAUUGACGCUCUCAACGAAGACGAAGACGUCAACCAGAUCCACCACAACGUCAACGAGUAA